AUGUUUAUCAUAUGGGAUGAUUCCAUUGUAGCGUUGACCAACAAGCAUGGAAAAGGAAAAUAUUGGUUCAAGUCUGGAUGUCCUACUCCUGAUCCACGUUGGUCUAGUUGUCAGCAGCUCAUGAUCGGGCCCAUUCCAGGAGAUGUCGAGUACUCAACCCUGAGGUCGGCGUUUUUGAGCAAGGGCCACACCAUUCACCUCUUUAUUCAGAACAACCAGGCAUGGCUGGAGAAGAAUCAGGAGAAGUUCGGCAAGAAGCAGGUCAAGUUUGGAUAUGUCGUGUACACAGACCAUCAGGUUGCCCAGCGACUUCUUUCUGCCGGUCACGUCAUGGUCGGUCAUGCCAAGGUUGCUGUUAAGGAGAUGGACGGCCAGCCCGCUCAAUUUGUAAACUAAUCAUAAGUUGGAGAAGAGAUAAUCCGCAACGGCUCUUAUUGCGGAUUUUUAACAUUUAACUGGUUUCAACCCGGAUUGAAAAAAUGAUAAAUCCGAUACGCAAUCUUUGUGUUUCGCGGUUUUUUUUAUCAAUUAACUCGGGUUAACCUGGUUUUCAUUCCUUGCAUUUAUUUGUAUUUGCUAGAUGGGGAAACAAUUACGCUUUAUUUUUUAUUACAAAGCUUAAUCGCUUUUUUAAUUUGUACGAUCUCAGUAUUAUAUCAAUGAUGUUGAACCAACUCGUCGAUAUUGAUGUGCAUUCUGUGCCUUAUAUGUAACUACAAAAUAUGUAAUAUUUUUAAACCCUUGCGAUUUGACACCACACAAAUUCUAAAUUGGUCCAAUUCUCAAGGAUUCGUGUUCGUAAAAAUAAACAAUUUUAGAGAAAAGUACAAAAACAAAUUGGGAAACCCUUUGCUAAGGACUCACCGAUAAACAUUAAAUUUUAUCGUUUUUAACUGAAAAUUUUUGUAAAUUUUAGUCCAAUUUGGUUUUAAUAUCGAAUAGUGAAAUUGUAGUAAUACUCAUUAACUUAUGCAACCCUAUAUGUAAUUUUAUGAAACAUGUAAAUUUUCAGAAAUUGUAAAUUUUCGCCGAUUGUUUUUCAAAUUUUUCCCCUUUUAUGCCAUUCAUUUGCGACAAUGCCCGAAGUGCGGAAAAAUUUCUAUUUUGCCAAAUAAUUUACAUCUUGAAUUUACACCUGUUCGUUCCAGUGGAUCAGUACUAAUUAAUAAAUGCCUGAAAAUUAUAAAAUAGUAAUUUUAACCAUUGUCAACUGAAAUAAAAUUUACAAUUUGGA